AUGGCUGGCAGGCCUCUGCCCCCCAGUCUCCAGGAGGAGGAGAAGACUGCCAAAGACUCUGGGCCAAAACUACCACCGCUGUGGCCCUUAGGCCGCCUGCCCAGCAUUGGUGAGGCUCGACCCACAUGUCCUGGUCUAGGCCCGGCCUCCCGUCGUGGCUCUGUGCUAGGCCUGCCCACUUCCAUCUCACAUCGCAACUCAGUGGUGGGACUAGGCGUGGGUCCUGGGUGUCGGCGACCAUCCCUGGGCCCAGUGCCCCCUCUAGGUUCGCGGGUCAGCUUCUCGGGGUUGCCCCUGGCGCCCACCCGCCGGGUGGCACCCUCAUACCGCACGGAGCCUGCACCUGGGGAGCGUUGGCAGGCUGCCCUGGCACAGCGUGCCCUGGAGGCGGCACUAGCCGCGGGGCUGAGCAACACAUCCUACUCUGGCUCCGAGGCUGGGCCGCUGGCACGGGAGCUCUGCGAGCAAGUGCGCCUGCGCCUGCGGGAGCUCAGCCCUCCACGCUACAAGCUGGUGUGCAGUGUGGUGCUGGGGCCGCGCGCUGGCCAGGACGUGCGCGUAGUGAGCCGCGCGCUCUGGGACGCCGCAAGUGACGGGCUGGCCUCUGCCGCCUUCACCAACGCCUCGCUCUUUGCGGUGGCCACAGUCCACGGGCUCUAUUGCGAGUGA